AUGGCCUUCCCAUCAUCCCCCAACCUACUAUUCCUCGCGGGCCUCGUCUUACUCUCCCUCUCGGCCUUGGCCCGGGCCCAUGACUUCUCGAUCGUGGGCUACACUCCCGACGACCUCACUUGCAUCGACAAGCUCAUCAACCUAUUCGACUCGUGGAUAGACAAACACGGAAAGAAGUACAAGAACAUCGAGGAGAAGUUGCAUAAGUUCGAGAUUUUCAAGGACAACUUGAAGCACAUUGACGAGCGUAAUAAGGUUGUUGCCAACUACUGGCUCGGCUUGAACGAGUUUGCCGACUUGAGCCAUGAGGAGUUCAAGAAGAAGUAUUUGGGUCUCAAAGUCGACAGGCUCCCCAACCGUGGCGAGUCGACUCGGGAGUUUAAGUAUAGGGACUUUGAGAACGUUCCGGAAUCUGUCGACUGGAGAAAGAAAGGAGCCGUUACAGGGGUCAAGAACCAGGGUUCUUGCGGGAGUUGUUGGGCAUUUUCGACUGUUGCGGCAGUUGAGGGCAUAAACCAAAUCGUGACUGGGAAUCUGACCGAAUUGUCCGAGCAAGAGCUUAUCGACUGUGACACGACUUCCAACAGCGGGUGCAAUGGAGGACUAAUGGAUUACGCAUUUACUUACAUCGUCCAAAGCGGUGGGCUCCACAGCGAGGAGGACUACCCAUACAUUAUGGAAGAAGGAACCUGUUCAGUAGACAGGGGUGUGUUUGACAAGCCAUGCGGGACAGAGCUCAAUCAUGGAGUUGCAGCCGUUGGGUACAAAUCGAGCAGGUCCGAGAAUUUCAUCAUAGUGAAGAACUCGUGGGGCCCACGUUGGGGAGAGAAAGGAUACAUAAGGAUGAAGACCAAGACUGGGAAAGCUGAAGGAAAGUGUGGCAUCAACAAGAUGGCCUCUUAUCCCAUCAAAACUAAGUGA